AUGCCUUCACAACUCGAGCAAGAGGUGGCUCAACGGCUCUCUGCCAGCUUGCCAAAUGCGAGCGAGCUCCUUGCGCAGCGGGUAAUCUCCCUCUCACGCUCCCUACCCACAGACAAGGCUUUCGUCAAUGCAGCUCGUGCAUUUGGUCGCUUCGACGAGUCAUUCUUGGUAGAUCUUCGAAGCUACAUCUCAUCGCAGCCCAACACAAGUUCCGGGAGCCUCAGCAAUGGCACUUCCCAAUCCUCCGCGUCGACAGCAACAGCAGAACCGCAACGUGAGAGGUUCGGUCUAUCCACACUUGGCGGCGAGAAGCACGUCUUCAAGGCGCCAGCCGCAAAGCCCAAACCCAGCCUGCUCGGUCUCGACAAGCUUGUGGCUGUCAAAUGCGCAGAGUCCAGCGAUCCUUCCUCGGCUGACUCGUCGAAAGGCGCGCCGGUACACAAGCGCCAACGAGUCUCAAGCACGCAGCUCAGCCAUCUCGAGGAUGACCUCGACGGCUCGUCGGAGCCGUCCACUCCCGCCAAUCCAGUCUUCAAGGCGCCCUCGAGACCUGCCUCAGCCGCACAGGCCCAGAUGCGACCAAGAGGAAACGAGACACCCAGCCAUACCGGAGGGUUGAGCGACACAGCUGCAAAGCGGCUCGAAGAGCAUCGUCGGAAGCGGGCAAUGGCUGCAGAUGCCAGGACGGAAGCCUCUAGCAAGGGCAAGCAGAUUGCUACCUCAAGUGCCAUCAAUGGGAAUCCUUCCAACAAGCCGCAGAGAGCGGAUCGCAGCAGUGGAGACUCGUGGCGAGCUUCGGAUCGAAACUGGUCCGAUCGCCGAGGUCAACCAUCCGAUCGCAGGAUGGACGAUCGCAGAGCGCAGAAUGGCAGGGACGAGCCCUCAUCGCAAAGGCUGGAUCGACGAACUUGGGACGCGACGCCACGCAGCGCAUCGAAGAGAUCCGAUGACCUGGACCGCUGGACACCGCGGCAUCCAGAGAAUGGCGCAAGAUCUCGCCUCUCGACAGCAACCCCCGCAUCGACACGUUCAGCAGGAUCGCGUCGCUGGGACGAUACACCCUCACGGCGAGGAGCCUCACCGACCCCAUCCAACUUCGACCGCGACCAAGGUCCCGAAGGCAGAGCCUGGGACGAAGACGACAGACAGCUCGACCGCGACUGGUACGACAUGGAAGAAGGCGGAGUCGCUGCCGACGAGGAACACAACCCUUUCUCGCAGUACGAAGACAUGGCUGGUCAAGUCUCAGCACCUCUCGCGGCGAGAAAAGAAAAAGUCACCGCCCGACAAGCUCAGUACAAUGCCGACACGGAUGCCUGGGAGCGCAAUCGUCUGCAGACCAGCGGUGUCGGUCCCCGAACCGCCAUCGAUCUCGACAACAUGGACGACGAUGGUGAGAACCGCGUUCACUUGCUCGUGCACGACUUGAAGCCUCCCUUCUUGGAUGGCAAGACGGUGUUCACCAAGCAGCUGGAUCCGAUCAAUCCUGUCAAGGAUGGGCUGUCGGACAUGGCUGUGUUCGCUCGCAAAGGCAGCCGGCUCGUCAGAGAAACGAGGGAGAAGGCGGAGCGGGCCAAAGCGGCGGGCAAAGUGGCUGCGAUGGGCGGCACUACCCUCGGCAACAUUCUCGGUGUCAAGGAGGACGACGAAGACGACCCUGCCGCACCUGCAGCCUCAAACACGGCGAACGGCAAUGAUGCCAACACCGCCGAGGGCGCCACUGCAGAUGAAGCUUCUACACCGGACGGCAAAGGCGACUCGCAGUUCGCACGACACCUCAAGACCAACACCGGCGGAUCCGAAUUCAGCCGCACCAAGACGCUCAAAGAGCAACGUCAGUACCUGCCGGCCUUUGCGUGUCGCGACGACCUCAUGAAGAUCAUCCGCGAGAACCAGGUGAUCGUUGUCAUCGGGGAGACGGGGUCCGGCAAGACGACGCAGCUGGCGCAAUUCCUGCACGAGGAUGGGUACACCCGGUAUGGCAUGGUUGGAUGCACCCAACCGCGUCGAGUAGCCGCCAUGAGUGUAGCUAAGCGCGUCAGCGAGGAGAUGGAGAGCAAGCUCGGCGGCUUGGUGGGGUAUUCGAUCCGAUUCGAGGACUGUACCAGCGCGGAGACCAGGAUCAAGUACAUGACGGAUGGUGUUCUGCUUCGGGAGAGUCUCAAUGAGGGGGAUCUGGAUCGAUACAGCGCAAUCAUUCUGGACGAGGCGCACGAACGGUCGCUUAGCACCGAUGUCCUGAUGGGUCUGCUGCGGAAGAUUCUGCAACGGAGACGCGAUCUCAAGCUCAUCGUCACGUCGGCGACGAUGAACGCGGACAAGUUCGCUUCGUUCUACGGCGGCGCGCAGACAUUCACCAUCCCUGGACGGACGUUCCCGGUCGACGUGCUGUUCAGCAAGACGCCGUGCGAAGACUAUGUGGACAGCGCCGUCAAGCAGGCGCUCUCGAUCCACCUCUCGCACCCCAAAGGCGACAUCCUCGUCUUCAUGACCGGUCAAGAAGACAUCGAAGUCACCUGCCAGGUCAUCAGCGAGCGUCUCUCCCAGAUCGACGAAGCACUACCGCUCCUCGUUCUACCGAUCUACUCUCAAAUGCCCGCCGACCUCCAAGCCAAGAUCUUCGACGCCACCGACGACGGCUGCCGCAAAUGCAUCGUUGCGACCAACAUCGCCGAAACCUCGCUCACCGUCGACGGCAUCAUGUACGUCGUCGAUGCGGGCUACUACAAGCUGAAAGUGUACAACCCUAAGGUCGGCAUGGACAGUCUGCAGAUCACGCCGAUUUCGCAGGCGAAUGCGAACCAGCGGUCGGGUCGCGCGGGCCGUACGGGUAGCGGUACGGCGUACCGGCUCUACACGGAGCUUGCGUUCCGGAAUGAGCUGUUCGCCAAUACGAUCCCUGAGAUCCAGCGGACGAAUCUGGCGAACACGGUGCUGAUGCUCAAGAGUUUGGGAGUGAGCGAUCUGUUGCAAUUCGACUUUAUGGAUCCGCCGCCGCAGGAGACGAUGUUGAGCAGCAUGUACCAGCUGUGGGUGCUCGGUGCGCUCAACAGCGUCGGCGAACUCACCGCCCUGGGACGCAAAAUGGGCGAAUUCCCCAUGGAACCGAGUCUGUCCAAGAUGCUCAUCACGAGCGUCGACUACGGAUGUAGCGUCGAGAUGCUGACCAUUGUCAGCAUGCUUUCCGUCCCCUCGGUGUUCUACCGCCCGAAGGAGAGGAUGGAGGAAUCCGAUGCGGCGAGGGAACGAUUUUUCGUAGCCGAGUCGGACCAUCUCACCCUCCUCCACGUCUACAACCAGUGGCGAAACAAUGGCUACCGCGAUUCCUGGUGCUCGCGCCACUUUUUGCACUCGAAAACCCUCCGCAAGGCGCGCGAGGUGCGGGUGCAGCUGGAAGACAUCAUGCGAUCGCAGAAGUUGCAGCUGGUGAGCUGCGAGACGGACUGGGAUGGGAUCCGCAAAUGCAUCACUGCGGGAUACUUCCACCAAGCGGCGCGAAGCGCGGGGAUCGGGGAGUACGCAAACUGCAGGACGGGCGUCAAGAUGUUCCUCCACCCCACGUCGGCGCUUUACGGGCUGGGGUACAGCCCGGAGUAUGUGGUGUACCACCAGGUGGUGCUGACCAGCAAGGAGAUGAUGAGCACCGUGACGCAGGUGGAUCCGCACUGGCUGGCCGAGCUGGGUGGCGCGUUUUAUAGUAUCAAGGAGCGAGAUGGGACGAGUACGGGGACGAGGGCGAGGAGGACGGGGGAGAUGGAGAGAUUGACCGGGCUGGAGAGGCAGAUGCGCGAGGAGAGGGAGGAGAAGGAGAUGAGGGAGAGGGAGAGGAAGGAGAAGGAGAGGGCGAAGGGGAGAGGUGCAGAGACGCCGCAGAUUGCUACGCCCGGUGCGACGCCGUUCAGGUCGAGAGGGAGACGCGUGCUUUGA